AUGCGUUUGAUUAUAUUUUGCUUUUAUUUGUUAGUGACCAUUAGGGCCUGGCUGUGGCCCUGGCAGACUACCAGCACCAACAGUGAUGUCAAGGCCGAACCCACAAACAGUGGUGGUGAUUCCAGCAGCAGCAGCAGCAGCAGUGAUAGUGGAUUCCAAUGGGGUGCCAUAACGUCUGAAGUUGGUGGUGCUAUAGGAGGCGUGUUUGGAUCAUCAUCCGCCUCCAAGACAUCCGACCAAUCAUCAACUUCUACCGAUGCUACAACUAAAGAACAAGAUUCGUCUGCCUCGGCAACUGAAAGCUCAUCCGCUGCUUCUAGUGGGAGUAGCAGUGGGGGUGGAAAUGGAGUACUUGGUGGACUCUUUGGAGGUCUGUCAACCAGAAAUGCAUACCAGCCAUAUGAAACAGAUUGUCCCUCUGACCCGAUAGUACGGAGGGCGGAAAACAUCUCGAGUCAUGAAGCUGACUAUAUCAAGAAUAGACAGGUUAAAACCAAUGAAAAUUUGAUUAAAUUCCUUCAAUCAAGGGCAAAUUUAACCAACUUUAAUGCCGAGGACUUUGUUAAAAACAGUCCUAGAAACAUUUCCAUUGGACUUGCCUUCUCGGGAGGUGGUUAUAGAGCCAUGUUGAAUGGAGCGGGGCAAAUUUUGGGUCUUGAUGGGAGAUUUGAUGAUGCUAAUCAAAACGGAUUGGGUGGUCUUUUACAGAGUACAACCUAUUUAUCUGGUCUUUCAGGAGGUAAUUGGCUUGUUGGAUCAUUGGUUUUGAAUGAUUGGGUAUCUGUUGCAGAUAUUUUGAGCAGUAAAGUUGAUAUUUGGAAGUUACAAGACUCUAUUUUCAACCCCAAUGGAUUGAAUGUAGUGGCUACUGCUGAAUACUACACCUCAAUGUAUGAGGCUAUUUCAGCCAAGGAAGAUGCUGGGUAUGAAUCCACCAUCACAGAUGUUUGGGGGCGGGCCUUGAGUUCUCAAUUCUUUGUAUCUGAUGACCAUGGAGAAAACAUUACUUGGUCAGGAAUUAGAGAUCUUGAAAGCUUUAAAAGUUAUGAUAUGCCCUUCCCCAUUGUGAUUGCAAAUGGUAGAACUCCAGGGACAUUGAUUUUGAAUUUAAAUUCCACUGUUUUUGAAAUUAGUCCUUAUGAAUUGGGAUCUUGGGACCCUUCAUUAGAAACAAUGGCUGAUGUGAAAUAUGUUGGUUCAUAUGUCGAAGAUGGUACAAAUUCCACUGGUAAAUGUAUGGUUAAUUUUGAUAACGCUGGAUUUAUCAUGGGGACUUCUUCUUCACUUUUCAACGCUAUUUUACUUCGAGCUGGGGAUGUCACUUUACCAAGUGCAAUCUCCACUGUGUUUAAGAAAAUCUUGGCAGCUGUAAGUUCCACCGAAGUGGAUAUUGCAGACUAUAGUCCAAAUCCAUAUCUUGGAUCCUCAUACGGAACAGUUUCAUCAAUUACUCAAAAUGAAACUUUGUAUUUGGUAGAUGGAGGUGAAGAUGGACAAAAUGUUCCGUUUUAUCCCUUGAUUCAAAACUCUCGAGAGGUGGAUAUUAUCUUAGCUUACGAUAACUCAGCGGAUACGGAUGAUAAUUGGCCUAAUGGCACUUCAAUCAUUCAAACAUACCAACGUCAAUUUGGCAAACAAGGUAAGGGAACUCCAUUCCCUUAUGUUCCUGAUGUGGAUACAUUUUUAAAAACAGGAUUGACCAAAAAGCCAGUCUUUUUCGGAUGUGAUGCAAAGAAUUUGACUUCAUUGGUUGAAUACCAUCAUAAUAGCAAUAUUACGGAAACUGAUAUCCCAUUGGUUGUAUUGUUUUCCAACAAUCAACUCUCAUACGGCACGAACACGUCAACGUUUAAGAUGUCAUAUGAUCGAGAAGAACUCGAGGGAAUCAUUCAAAAUGGAUUUGAAGUCUCAACAAGAAAUAAUUUUACUGAUGAUUCAAAAUGGGCCACUUGUCUUGGAUGUGCUAUUAUCAGAAGAACCCAAGAAAGGUUAGGAGAUGAACAAUCAGAUGAAUGUAAGAAAUGCUUUGAAGAGUAUUGUUGGACGGGAGGUGAAAAGGAUGCAGCACCAACUUCUGCAGUUGCUGGAUUUAGUGCAGAGCUGGGUGGGCCUUCAUCGACUGGUGGUAGCAGCAAUGGUGGAAGUAGAACUGGUGGCGCAGCUUCAGCAACUGGAACAUCCACCUCUUCCUCGUCAAAGAAGGGUGAAGGAUACAAUGCAGUUUCAAUCCCAUCAAGAUUACUUACUGCCAUGGCCUCAUUACUACUUUUUGUUGUAAUUUAA